CAGCUGGGGUUGUUUUGAUACGUUGCGAUUUUAAUCUUCGGCAGGUAAGAGGCAGUAAGAUAUGCGAAGACACCUACAGCUGGGCAUAAAACAGCUUACUGCAAGCUAUGCCGAUGGGCACAUCUCACCACGUCUAGUGGCAGACACCGCGCUAGACGAUGCAGUUAAGUUAAAGACACUAAAUGCGUUCGUGCGUCUAACACCUGAGUUGGCUCUUCAUCAGGCCAAUGAGUCGGCACAUCGCUAUAAGGAGGGCCAAAUACACAGCAAUUUGGAUGGCGUGCCUAUUGCCAUUAAGGAUAAUUUCAGCACGGCCGGUGUGCUGACCACUUGUGCCUCCCGCAUGCUAGAGGAUUUUGUGCCACCGUAUGAUGCUACAGUUUAUGCGCGCCUUCGCGAAGCGGGAACUGUGCUUCUUGGCAAAACGAAUAUGGAUCAGUUUGCCAUGGGUGCCGGCACAGUGGACUCCAUAUAUGGCCCAACGAAAAACGUAUGGAGCGAUGAUCUCAGUAAGGAUAAUUGGCGCAUAGCUGGAGGUAGCUCAGGAGGCUCCGCCUCCGCUGUAGCAGCUGGAAUUUGUUAUGCCGCUAUUGGGUCUGAUACGGGUGGAUCCACACGUAAUCCGGCUUCAUAUUGCGGUGUUGUGGGCCUUAAACCAACAUAUGGUCUUGUCUCACGUUACGGUCUUAUACCCCUUGUAAAUUCGAUGGAUGUUCCGGGAAUAUUUACUCGAUCGAUUGCUGAUUGUGUUGAGGUCCUAAACACAGUUGCAGGCCCGGAUGUAAAAGAUUCUACUACCAUACGGAGACCAUUCAAGAGGCUGCAGUUGCCAAAGUUAGAGGAAAUAGACUUACGAAGUGUGCGCAUUGGCAUACCCAAGGAAUACCACUGUGAAGGACUGUCCACCGAAAUGCUUGAGACUUGGACUAAAGUCGCUGAUUUGCUCGAGAGUGGGGGUGCGACUGUGCGUCAGGUGUCCUUGCCAAAUACAGCGGCCAGCAUUUUUGUUUAUACCAUAUUAAAUCAAUGCGAGGUGGCUAGCAAUAUGGCUCGUUAUGACGGCAUUGAGUAUGGCCAUAGGGCCACCGAUGAUCGAAGUACAGAACAAUUAUAUGCCCAUUCUCGGGCCGAGGGCUUUAAUCAUGUGGUAAAAACGCGCAUUUUGACAGGCAACUUUCUGUUGUUGCGGAAAAAUUACGAUCACUAUUUUGAGAAGGCGUUACGUGUUCGUCGUCUAAUUGCUCAGGACUUUGCAAAGGUUUUUGAAGCAGGGUCUGUAGAGGAAAACGUCGACAUUUUAUUGACGCCGACUACAUUGAGCGAUGCCCCGCUCUACAAAGACUUUGCGGCCCAGAGUAAUCGCGACCAAUGUGCCGUGCAGGACUUCUGUACGCAGCCAGCAAACAUGGCUGGCAUUCCGGCUGUUUCCAUACCAGUUCGAUUGUCUAAGGCUGGCCUCCCACUGAGCUUACAGCUUAUGAGUAAUACCUUAAAUGAAGAAUUACUGCUCACAGUAGCCAGCUGGAUAGAGAACCAGGUUGGCUUUGAUUGCCUCCAAAAUAAACAUGUGUAUGAGGCGAGGUCUUAAUAAGGUUAAUAAGUAAAAAUACAAAUAUAUAUAAAAAGAAUGUUUAUUGCAACCAUUUUUAAGUCUCGGUAAA